AUGCACAAUACAACAAGAGAAAGAACAAAAAGAACAAAAGUAUAUUCAACAAUAAAUCAAAUAGAAUCACAAAAUGAUAGAAGUAAAAGAAACAACCUUGGGGAGUGUCAUAAUGUACAUGAAGAUGUUGAAAAUGGUGAUUCUGGUGAUAAUAUUAAUGGAGUUGUCAAUGAUGUUAACGAGUCUAAUGGUGGUAAUUCGGGAAAAAUCAAACUAACUGAUAAAGAGAGAUUGUUAUCUAAUGAAAAACAAAAUGAUGAAAGCUGGACACUAUCAACUGACGACUUGCAAAAAGCUUAUAUUUUCAAUCUUGAUCAUAUGCCAAAUUCUGUCAGUGAAAAUUAUUUUUCAAGCUCAUUUACUAAUAUGAUUACAAAAGGAAUACUUACAUUUGAACAAAAAUUUUCCUAUGAUGAAGGAGAAACUGAUAGUUUGGCUUCGAAAAUGGUAUUAAACCUUAACCAAAAACCUACAGAUAGAGGCAUUAUUGGCCAGAAAUGUGAUUUUCAUAUACAAAAGGAUGGGUUUGAAUAUUUGAUUGGUUUGCAUGCUGGUGGGUUACCUGAAGCUUGUAAAUCAAAAAAAUGGAAUGAUAGAGUUGACUUGGCAGUGGCAAUGAGGGAUGUCCU